UCAAAACAAUACCGAACAAAAAAUAACUAAUGAACAACCUUAUUGUGUUUUUUUCCCAAAUAAUUCUGUUGGAUUUAAGUUCCCUAAUUGUUGUGUUUUGCUUCACUGCGCUACUUUGUCGCACACAAAUGACGUCAUUGAUCACGUUCGCUCAGCUGUUCCCAUCGCAUCGCAGAGGCAGGAAACGAGUUCAUUUAAAAAUAUAUUUCAAGACUAUUUCCGAGUUAAUUCCGUCAACAUGGCCAUGCAGCUUUACCUUUAAGCUGCUUCAAGCCAGUGGCAAGAUGAGACCCCUCAAGGACGCCCAGCUGGGGGCCUUCACCUUCUUUGCCUCAGCUCUCCCUCAUGAUGUCUGUGGGAGCAAUGGCCUCCCUCUCACACCCAACUCUAUCAAAAUCCUUGGACGUUUCCAGAUCCUCAAAACCGUCACUCACCCCAGACUCUGCCAAUAUGUGGACAUCUCCAGAGGGAAACACGAACGGCUGAUUGUUGUUGCUGAACACUUUGAAAGCAGUUUAAGUGACUUCCAAAAACAGGGGAAAACAGCCAGCCCAGAGAAGGUGCUGCAGAUAGCCUAUGAGGUCCUUGAAGGUCUGGAGUUUAUGAACAAACACGGUAUGGUGCACAGAGCCCUCAGCGCGCACAAUGUGCUCAUGGACUGCAAGGGGAAUGUCAAGCUGGCAAAGUUUGGUCUUUAUCACAUGACUGAUCAUGGGGCAGAUGUAGAUUUCCCCAUUGGGUACCCAUCAUACCUUUCUCCAGAGGUGAUCGCUCAGGGCUCCUUCCACCCCAGUGACUCUUCCCAUGACGAAGCUCCUCUGCCUUCAGGACCCAAAACUGAUGUCUGGUCGCUUGGGGUUUUGUUGUUUGAACUAUGUGCAGGUAGACGACUGCUGCAGAAUAUUGAUAUUAGUGAGAGAUUGAAAUUCAUUCUAACCUUGGGUUGCAUGGAUGACAUUGUCACUGUCCUUGCUGAGGAACAUGGUUGUCUGGAUGCUAUCAAGGCGCUGCCCCAAAAUGUCCUCGAGUUGUUAAGGAAAUGCUUGGCAUUUCUUCCAUCUAAAAGGCCGACCCCUGCAGACCUGCUGGGAGACCCUGUGUUUAGUGGCGUUUCGAGCCUCUACACGCCCUUCAAGAAGCCUGUUAGUCUGUUCUCUUCAUCUCUGCGCUGUGCACAUCUGGAACUCCCAGAGGACAUCAGUGAACUUUGCAAAGAUGAUGAUGACGACUACCUGUCGGAGCGGGCCAUAGAUGAGGUGUACCAUCUGUGGUGUCUUGCGGGGGGAGACCUGGAGAAGGAGCUGACCAACAAGGAAAUCAUACAGUCCAAACCUCCAAUCUGCACACUGCCCAAUUUUGUCCUGGAAGACGGGGAAUCAUUUGGCCAGGGAAGAGACCGCAGUUUCUUGCUUGACGACACAACAGUCACCCUGUCUCUGUGCCAACUUAGAAACAGACUGAAGGAUGUAUCAGGAGAAGCCUAUUACCCUCUACUGGAAGACGAACAGUCAAGUCUGCCCCAGUCCAACAGCAGCAAUGAGCUGUCGGCCACCGUCACGCUCCCACUCAUCAUCCGCGAGAGAGACACCGAGUACCAGCUCAUCCGCAUCAUCCUUUUUGACAGGCUGCUCAAGGCCUAUCCUUACAAGAAGAACUUUGUGUGGAAAGAGGCCAGAGUGGAUAUUCCCCCUCUUGUUCGAGGCCUGGCGUGGGCAGCACUGCUUGGCAUUGAGGGAGACAUUCAGGCCAAAUACGAGAGCAUCGACAAGGAUACUCCAAUACCAACUGACAGACAGAUUGAGGUGGACAUCCCACGCUGUCACCAGUAUGAUGAGCUGCUGUCGUCUCCUCAGGGCCACAUCAAGUUCAGGCGUGUGUUGAAAGCCUGGGUGGUCUCCCACCCUGACCUGGUCUAUUGGCAGGGUUUGGAUUCACUUUGUGCCCCAUUCCUCUACUUAAACUUUAAUAAUGAAGCCCUGGCAUAUGCCUGCAUGUCUGCCUUCAUCCCCAAGUACUUGUACAACUUUUUCCUGAAGGACAACUCUCAUGUCAUUCAAGAGUACUUGACCGUCUUUUCCCAAAUGAUUGCCUUCCAUGACCCAGAGCUAAGCAACCAUCUAAAUGAGAUUGGCUUCAUCCCAGACCUUUAUGCUAUUCCAUGGUUCCUGACGAUGUUUACACAUGUGUUUCCACUGCACAAGAUCUUCCACCUGUGGGACACCCUGCUGCUGGGUAACUCCUCUUUCCCCUUCUGUAUCGGCGUGGCUAUAUUGCAGCAGCUCAGGGACCGGCUUUUGGCCAAUGGCUUCAAUGAAUGCAUCCUUCUCUUCUCUGACCUGCCAGAAAUUGACAUUGAGCGCUGUGUUCGUGAAUCCAUCAACCUCUUCUGCUGGUCUCCAAAGAGUGCUACAUAUCGACAACAUGCUCAGCCACCGAAGGCCGCUGGUGACAAUGGCUUUGGGAAAGCAGCAACAUACUACUCGUCUGACUACCAGGACAUGCCGAAGACAGACCUGUCUCGGGAGCCUCUUGGGCUGUGUGAGCUGAAAGCUGAAGUAUCUCCAAGGAUCUCGGCCGAGGACUUAAUCGACCUCUGUGAGCUGUCGUUGGCCGGGCCCACCAAAAGGACCAAAGCCGGCAAGCCCAAAAUCAUCGCUGUUGACGUACGUAGUGUCGAGGACUUCAGCAGAGGCCAUAUAUCUGGCAGCAUCAGCAUUCCCUUCAGCACAGCGUUCAGCCCUGACGGUGAGCUGGUGCAGUGUCCUGCAACAGGAAUCCUCCAGAACUACAGAGGACGUGUCAUCGUGAUCAUUAGCCACGCCAUGAAAAGUGCUGCUUUGUUUGCAGCACACCUGGUCAGGGUGAAUUUUCAACGGGUUUGUAUCCUGGAUGGAGGAAUCAACAAGUUGAAGCCCACUGGACUCCUGACUGUCCCCUCCCCUCAGAUCUGACCCCGUAUCUCGGCUUCACACUAACUAAAUGGACCAGUGUAUAAUGGAUUUUGAGCUCAAAUUGAAGCAAAGAAACAAAUUUAAAAUUUAUUUAGUUUCACAUUCAAAUCAAACUGUGGUGCAAAAUGAAAAACUUCAUUGUAAUCCACUUUGUCUGAAACAACUGCUAUGUGUUGUAGUUGCUUUGCACUGAUAAAAUUGAUCUGUCUGUGACAAAUAUUAAUAUCUUGAUGUAUGUCAACCUGUCUGUUCUGGUCCAGUUGAUCUAAGGAACUGUGUUGUAUACGCGGUGGUCACUUUAUGAGGUGCACUAGUUCAAUCCGUGGCAAUCCACUCCAAUAGUUCUGCCAUAAAUUCUACUUUUAUGUCUAUGAUGUUCACUGAAAGAAAGUUGUUAUGUUUUAGCAUUGACUAAGCCAUAGUUGGUGGUGUUGUACCUGAUGUUACCUGUAUUUCAACAAAACUGAACAUUAUAAGCUUUGCAGAGGUAAAAUAUAUGGCAGAGCUGUUUUAUUAAAUUGCAUUAGAUUGUACAUGUUUACUAAAUGAAGUGGCCACUGAGUGUAUGUUUGUGUUAGAAACAAUAAAAAUAAGUCAGUGAUUUGUGCAUUUGGUGAUUUAAUAACUUUGCCUUUACCUUGUUUAAAUGCCACUGAAUUGUCUAUACUAGGUAUUGUACUGUAUGUAUUUGUUAUGCCAUAGAAAUUGGGUUUUUUUUAUGUUUCAGUUUUAAUAAAACUAUCUGAAGAAUAAUCUGGAUAAACAGUGUAGGUGAAUGUUUAGUUUGUUGUUUUAUAGUGUCCUUAAUUGACUUUGAUGGCUUCACAUUUAACGGGCGGCUGUGGCGUAGUGGAGAGCAAGGUAGUUCUCCAUUCAGAGGAUCGGUGGUUCAAUACCCGGCUUCGGCAGUCGAUGUGUCCUUGGGCAAGACAGAGUUAACCCCAAGUUGCUCCCGAAGGCUUGCCAUCGGUGUGGACUGGAUGUUGUAUGAAUGUUAGUUAGAGUCUGAUGGUGGCACCUUGCAUGGUAGCCUGUCAUCAGUGUGUGAAUGGGUGAAUGAUAUGCAAUAUACUACUGAUUGUAAGUCGCUUUGGAUAAAAGCGUCUGCUAAAUGACUGUAAUGUAAUGUAACUGUUAACAAACUGGUUUGUCUUGCAUGAUGUCUUAAAACAUCCUUAUUUGGUAAUCUUCCUGUGGUUUCAUGCAGAAAGUGUUCAUACAUGUCCAACAUUCCAUCACCAG